GCUUCCUCGGGGCGGAACCUCAUCUGUGUUGAAGUUAAUUUAGCACCACGUCACAGCAAUUUGGAAGGAAAACACAGCAUAUAAAAGGAAUUCUUGUCACCGUUCUCAGUGUGAGGCAUCAAGACUGCAAAGAUGGCAUUUGCUCUUCGCUUAACAGUUCUCCUCUGUGGGAUCAGUGGACUGUUGACUGGAGUCUGGUCAUUGCCAAAGUUUAGGAGCACAGGUAAUGACUGCCCCAAAGGCUGGACUCAGUUGGACUGUAACUGUUACAUAUUCCAAGAUGAUGAGAGGACUUUUGCAGAUGCAGAGAGUGUCUGCAACAUCCUUGGUGGCAAUCUUGUUUCCAUCCACAACGCCCUGGAGAAUGCCUUUGUUCUGGAACUGAUUCGAGCGGGCGGUAACAAUGACUUUGCUUGGAUUGGACUCACUGAUGCAAUUGAGGAAGAUGACUUCAUAUGGACUGACGGCUCAGAGCAGGAGUUCUUUAACUUUGAUGAUUCUGCAGAGUCCAGUGCCGCUAGUAACUGUGUUGCGAUCGAUGAGGAUGAUGGACUUUGGUAUGAUGAAGACUGCACAGAUGACGAGCCGUUUGUUUGCAUUAGAGAGUUGUUCUCAUUAAUACAUCAUUAACUUAUGAGAUUUACUGAUGACUCAUUGAGAUCAUUGAGAUAAUAUAGUAUCAAAACUUGAUGACUCUUUUUCUGGGUUUACUGUCCACCCCACUCUUCUUGUUUCUCAACAACGCUCAAUUUCUAUUGACAGCAGAUUUGGAACGUCAAAGAGCAUCUCAGGUAAAUAAAGGUCUGCAUAAAGGUUUCGGUCUUUUUUUCUACUCUUCCUUGCAAACCUUCUGAGUCCAUUGCUGAAAACCUUGGGAUUAAAGAAAGGUGUCACGCCUCGUCCCCGGGUGUUUUAUUAUGUGCCGGUUGUCAUUAUUUUUGUCCGUGUCUGUGUACUCGCCCCUCCCUUCUUGUGCUUACUCACAAUCUAUGUACUACUCACAGUCACCUGCCUCUCGUUACCUGUCGCGUAUUUAAAUCCUGUCUGCGUGUCACACCUUUGUCGGAUUAUUUCUUGUCUCACGUCUGUCAAUUCGGUUUUUGUUUGCCAGCCCUGUCAGUCAGUCCCGUUGAUAGUUGUUAGGCCGUUAUGUCAGUUUGCCGCUUCUGUUGGCUUGUUUCCCUUAUCCUCCCUUCCAAC